AUGGCAGAUGAAGUUGAAGAUGAGCAAUUGGAUUCUCACACUUUAUUAAAUGAUGAAGAUGAUCAAAAACUUCAUUUAUUUAUUAAAGCUGGUAGAGAUGGUCGAACAAAAGGUGCAUGUCCAUUCUGUCAAGAUAUCUUUCUUAAAUUAUUAAUUAAGCGUGAAGCAGAUAAUGAUUUUAGUUUUGAUGUAAUAACAAUAAAUUGUAAAAAUCCACCGAAAGAAUUUAAAGAAAUCUCAAAAAAAUUACCAGCACUUAUUCAUGGUGAUACAACUUAUAAUGAUAUUGAUGAUAUUGAAGAUUAUCUUGAUUCAUCAUUUCCAAAUUAUAAAUUAGCAACACAAGAUCCUGAAGCAUUCAAAAUACAAUCAAAUGUAUUCACACGUUUUACAUAUUUAAUAAAAGAUGUUCACAAUAAUCCAAGAAUACUUUUGGAUGAAUUAGAAAAAAUUAAUAGUUUUCUUCGUACAAGAAAUACAAAAUAUAUAUCUUCGAAUCAAAUUACAGGUCUUGAUUGUUCGUUAUGGCCAAAAUUACAACAUAUUCGUGUUGCUGGUGAAUAUAUACUAAACUUUACGAUUCCAACUGAAUUUUCAGCUCUAUGGGCUUAUCUCGGUUCUGCUUAUGAACUUGAUGCUUUCGUUAAAUCUUGUCCAUCGGAUCAAGAAAUUGUUUUACAUUGGACACGUCGUGAAACAUCAUCAAAAGAAUAUCUUCAAUUAACAAAAGACGAACCAAAAUUUUCAUUUAAUCUACCAAAUAAACUUCGUUAA